AUGAAGACAGGCCAACUGGCACUAGGAAUCCUGGCGAUAAGCCUGUGCAUUUGGGCAACCAACGCGGCCUCAUCGCCAACCACCACGGAGGCCACGACGACCACGGCGGCCACCACCACCACGACGACGGCAGCCACCACGACCACCACCACGUCCUCCUCGUCCUCCUCCUCCUCGAAGGUCCAUCGCAAGCGGUUCAGGAUCAAGAACCUUAAGUACUCUAUUAAGCGCAGGGUGCGCGUCUACCGGGCCACCAGUGCCAGUUCCACAUCCAGGAACAGGAACAGGAACAGGAAUCGCUCCGGUAGGCGGGUCAGUGUGCGCCGCCUCAAUAGGCUGCUGCGAGGCCGCAAUCAGGGCUAA